CUGCUGCAGCCGCGCCUUCACCACCUCGGCAUCCAGCCUCUCCCUGCUCCGGCCCGGCAUGGCUACCCCGACCCAGGCCCCCACAAAGGUUCCUCAGGAACCUGACCCAUUUCACUAUGACUAUGACACGGUGCAGACUGUGGGCAUGACUCUGGCCACCAUAUUGUUCCUGCUGGGUAUCCUCAUCAUUAUCAGCAAGAAGGUGAAGUGCAGGAAGGCGGACUCCAGGUCUGAGAGCCCAACAUGCAAAUCCUGUAAGUCAGAGCUUCCGUCCUCAGGUGGAAGACAGAGGAUGAAAUGAUCAAGAAAAAGGAGGGAAGUGUCAUCCCGCUGGCUCAGUUGGUGGAGCAUGUGACUCUUGAUCUGAGGGUGGUGAG